AUGGCCUUCAAGACACUUGCGAGCUUCGUCUCUGUCCUUGCCGCCCUCCAGGUCGCCAGCGGUGCCCUUACCCGCCGGGUCGCUUGCCCCGACGGCGUGAACACGGCUACCAACGCGGCGUGCUGCCAGCUCUUCGCCGUCCGCGAUGACAUCCAGAAGAACCUGUUCGACAACGGCGAGUGCGGUGAGGACGUCCACGAGUCCCUCCGUCUCACCUUCCACGACGCCAUUGGCUUCUCCCGCUCUGCGGAGGCUAACGGCACCUUCGGCGGCGGCGGCGCGGACGGCUCGAUCUCCAUCUUCGCGUCCAUCGAGACCAACUUCCACGCGAGUCUUGGUAUCGACGAGAUCGUCGGCGAGCAGGCACCUUUCAUUGCCCGCCACAACAUCAGCGUCGGCGACUUCAUCCAGUUCGCUGGAGCCGUCGGUGUCAGCAACUGCCCUGGCGCCCCGCGCCUGCAGUUCCUGCUUGGCCGUCCUAACGCCACUCAGCCCGCGCCCGACAAGACCAUCCCGGAGCCGUUCGACACCGUUGAUAGUAUUCUCGCCCGUUUCUUGGACGCCGCUGACUUCAGCCCGGCGGAGGUCGUCGCUCUGCUUGCGUCGCACACCAUCGCUGCGGCCGACGAGGUCGACCCGACGAUUCCCGGAACGCCCUUUGACUCCACGCCCGAGCUUUUCGACACCCAGUUCUUCAUCGAGACUCAGCUGCGCGGCACUGGGUUCCCUGGAACGGCCGGCAACCAGGGUGAGGUCUUGUCCCCUCUUCCCGGAGAGAUGCGCCUGCAGUCCGACUCUGAGCUCGCUCGUGACUCUCGGACUGCCUGCGAGUGGCAGUCCAUGGUCAACAACCAGUCCAAGAUGAUGACUGCCUUCGCGGCUGCCAUGGCUAAGCUCGCAGUUAUCGGCCAGGACGUCAGCCAGUUGAUCGACUGCUCUGAAGUGAUCCCGAUGCCGCCGCCCCCGGCGAGCGCCGCGCACUUCCCCGCCGGACUCAGCAACGCGGACGUCGAGCAGGCUUGCGCCGAGACACCCUUCCCGACUCUCCAGACCGACCCCGGACCCGAGACCUCGGUGGCCCCGGUCCCCCCGUCUUAA